UCAGAAAUCCGUCAGCAAAGUGCCAAGUCUCAGAGGCCGCGCUGAAACGACAGAAGUCGACACAGCUUGCGUUCCGUGGCAGCACGUAUCUGAAAGUCAAGUAUUGCGGGAAAUUUGAACGUCAAUUACAUGUCAUAAUGAGAAUGACAUGUUAUGACCUUCCCUCUGUUCUGUCUCUUCUAUUUUUACCCUAAGCUUUGUAUGUCCUGUGAAAAACAUCUUGAUACAGAAUUAAGUAACUCAUCAGCAAGCGUAACAAGAUAAACGUAAGCAAAAGGCACUCGCAACAUGUUCACAUCUCCCGCCAAAAAUGUUCCGCCAGAAGGCAGCACCUGGCUAACUACAUCGGCCAAACAGAAGCACACCUCAUCUCUCUAGUUGGCUUCCCUCUCUCUCUUUCUUUUCACUCGAGUUUGAGUUGAAACCGUCUGGAUAAGAAGUACGGACGUACGAAGGCAAGUGAGGAGAGGUGAAGGGGCUCGGUCUCUGAAGUCAUCGCAAGUUUACUUCACGGUUGCGGAUUACCUGUGGUCUUUGCUCUCUGUGUUCGACGAACUUUCGCACUCGCCCAGGCCCUUUCGUUUUGGCGGGCUUUUCCCGGCUGCCCGACUUCGUAGAAACAUGGCUCGACGGAGGUCGUCAUCCUCUGCGUCAUUAGCCACACCGCUCUGUGCAGUCGCAGAGCUGAUGCUGGAAGACUAUGACCCCAGGCCUGAUGAGGAGCUGAUCUGCGUCAUCUGCCACUCGGUUUUACGCGAGCCCGUCGAGUGCCCCUGCCGCCAUGUUUUUUGUCGCCGUUGCAUCUCCGAGUGGGUCCGCAAAAACAACAGCUGCCCCGUGUGCCGCAAACGUGCUAUCUCGGCCUUUACACCCGCACUGCCUCUGAUACAAAACAUGGUCAACCGCCUCAAGGUUAAAUGCCGAAAUGCUGGCUGUGAUGCCCGUGUACCUGCGGAAAGUUUUGCGAAUCAUACGAGUGUGUGCGAGUUUCACGAAGUAAUCUGCCCGCAUGAAGCCUGUGAGCACCGGUGCCAGCGUUGUAUGCUGGAGUCUCAUGUGAAGCAGUGCCCACUUCGUGAGGUGACGUGUGACAAAGGUUGUGGAAUUGUGCUCACGCGGGACCGUCUCAACACCCACAGCUGCGUGGAUGAACUUAAGCGCAAGCUAGAUGAGGCCACAUCCGAGUGUGAUGACUGGAAACGGAAGGCCGAGGAUGCAAUGCAGGCACUUAACAGGCUUCGUGACACGUUGCACCGCUUGGGGGACACGGCAGAGGGCCUGGAGAACAACCUCGGCGACCUCGGAACGCGAAUUCGCUGUGCCGAAGCUGUGGCGGCCUCGUGGCGGCACGGUCGCCAAUCAAAUGCAGCAGUGCGGGCGAGUCGGGUCGUGCAUGAUGGCAUCGUCAGCAGCAGCACCACCAGCCUGCACCUGGGAGUCUUGUACGGUCCUCGUACAUCGCAGCUUCUAGAACAGGUCGAGAGUGACUCGGACCACAGCUGGAGUCUACGCUCGGAUGGUUCACACGAGUCUCUCCGAGAUGUGGAAGAGCUCUUCCUUGAUUUGAACAGCUGAACAGCUUCCUUCUGGCUGCUUAGCUUGAAGCUGAAACUUGUCAAUUUUCUAGUUAACCUGUAAUCACCGCUUUUUUUUUUCUCUUUUACCAUUUUGUUUGCCUGUUGCCAGAUGUUGUGACUUUGUUCUUACAGGGUACAGAGAAUCAAAGAAACCUUACAAGCUGCUUCUUACAUUGCACGACUGUGCUGUUUAGUUGCUGUGAGGAUAUUCUCAUCUGGGUUCAUUGAAGCAUCCUCUGCAGCCUGUUUCUUAGCCUCUGAUUAAACAUGGUGGUGCAAAUUACCUCGAAAUGCGAACGGCAGCUCCUUGUGUCUUGGGCUGCUGUUUGGCUUCUGGACCAUGCAGCUUCUAGAAUAUAAUUUGAAAGCAACUGAUACCUCAGCCAGAAUCUGCACUUAGUAUUCAUCACUUUCUCAAAAGCGAGAGAGCCCUGUUCUAUCAUUAUUUUUGCUUUGCUUAAUAGUACAUGCCCCCCCAUUCUUUUCUUUCUUUUUUGCUGUGCAUUGUGCAUUGUACAGCUUGCAUUGUACAACUGCGCUACUUUAGAGGAAGCAUUAGCAUGGGCCCAACUUUAAUGUUUAAUUUCUUCAAUCACACAAUUGGAAACCCAAAAAGGUACUAAUUAGAUGCCCAUCAAACCGAUUUGAAUGGAAGUUGCUGCCUUUAAGAAAUAAAGCAAAAUUUUACCAAUUGCAGGCCACAGAAAUUUGACUGAAUAUUUAAAAAAUAAAAUUGCAGAAAGUCACAAAAAUGCUGAAGCAUGAAAUUUAUAAAUGUGUAACGCAGUUCUGCGAGCUGUAUCUGUUAGAUUUUCUAAAGCAGACGAAUGUAAUGUAUCAAAUUACGGCUUGCAUGAUAUUGUUAAUUGUCUAUGGGAUGUCUUUGAAAUGUACUAUUUGCAGAUUAUUGAUGUAUGGCCUCCCGCAUUUUUAGCUAUAUCGCGCGAGCCUCCAUCAUGCGUCAUUUUAGUGCCUUUAAGCAGUGAUAAUCAGUAAGACCGUCAGAAGUACUCUAUAGUGCACUACGCACUCUCCUGUGCAAGAGUCGUCUAACGUGAUGUUCUCUUCAGGACGACGUACGACCAUAUUAUAGUGUUCUCGCGUGAUAUAGCUAAAAUUGCAGGAGGCUGUACAUUAAAAUAACACAUAAUAUAAAAAUUUUAUCUGUUCUUUAGAUGACCCAGUAGAUGCGGUUUACAGAAUUAGAGUUUUUUUUAGCUGUAGACUUCACAGAUAAAUGAAAAAUCUGCCUACAAUUGGUAGAUUCAAACAUUCUUUUCAGUGCAACGAAUCUUAUCAAAUGCAUUGGAGCUUUUGAGCAAAAUGAUUUCCCCAUUUCUGUGUAUAUGGAUAGGUGCUCUUGAGGUCAAGCUUUUUCUUAAUUAAAUUUUAUUUCUUUUCAUAAGCCAUGUCAUUCUGACAUUGAUAUGGUUCUGAAAUUCUUUUUAAGGAAGCUCGAUCUUCAUCACUGAUGACUGCUUAGUAUUGAAAUUUCAAGGAAUGAAAUACGAGUGUCAUGAUGUAUCUCGCAGCAAUUUUUCACCACAAAAAUGUUUUCUCAGCUGAGACAUAGUAACUGACAUUUCUGAAUGAUACUCUCGCCUCCUAGUUUAUUUUGAGCCGCGAAUAUUUGGAUACUCGUAUACCGGUGAAAAUGGUGGUAGGGCCCAAUAAACAUACUGCUACUGAAGAAUGUGCAAUACAGGUCAACGUGACUUGUCAGGAGGACCAUACUGUUUCAUUGUGCUAAGUCAUACAAACAGAGUGCCAGAACAAAAAACGGAAGAAAAAAAAAGGGCAUACUUACUCUUCAAAUAUGCAGGUACAGAAAAGGAAUGACCAGCAUCUUUCGAUGGGAUAUUUUGAGCAGAGAGAACUGAUCCAAAAGUGCUCUUGCGAGAGCUUGAACCAGCCACAACGACACCACCGAGGUUGGUGUAAGCACUGACGAGAGCACCUCUAGAGCAACUUCGAGUACUCCUAUAUGCAGAAGGGUUAAAAACUAAGCGUGUUGGUACAUUACGAGAAUACCUGGGAACAGCUCGAAAAAACUGGACAAGAACAGUCUGUGCUUGUGUUUUCUAUUGUCCAGUCUUUUUGUGCUGUUCCUAAGUAUACUCCUGUUUGCUCACUAGAAGUAUUACAAUAAGGAAAUGGGUUGUACCACACAGUGGAGGAAGUUUUAUAAAAGGAAAAGUUGUAUUCUGCCUCAAAAAAACAGGUCACUUUGUGCUUAUUUAGGUGGGUACCACCUUUUCCUUUAAUAGCAGUAUACCAUCUGUGUAGGCCUUGAAUGGUUGCCUUGUCAUCUAUCCACCUAGAGAAUGGCAUUGGUGGCCUUCAGUAGAUCCAGAUGUGUCCCAUCUUAGAAUUAUUCUAACCUACAGAAAAGCUGUUAUCACUUGAUAGUGAUAAUAUAGUGGCUUGCUUUAGUGUGCAAGCGCUGACUUAUAAACAGAGCGACUUUCUCUGUUGGGUUCACUCUUGCCUUAGAUGUUUGCGAAUAAUGAAAAUACUCGUGCGACUCCUUCGUCUUGCUUGUCAUGCUUUGGUGGUGCUGUUGCACUCUUGACAAUGGACUCUUCAACAGCAUUGGUAUGCUGUCAUAUGCAGGAAGUGGCUGGACAUCCGCAGAUUAAGGAAACUAACUGGACACAUUUUGCGAACAAUGGUGGUGUGGUAGUUGGUUUCUCUGCAUGCCAUUUGAAAUGUGCCUAAGGAACACUCCCGACUUUCUCGUAAAUUGCAGCCGAUGUUACAUUGUCUUCCAAGGAAUUUUUCCACUAAAAUGCAGAUAUGGCUGAUAACUAGUGGUAUUAAGAUCCUGAAAAACUAUUGGUAGCAAGGCUUUGUGUUGACCUUGUGCACAUGUAUGUAAUAGUGCAGAUUCAUAUUUUUUCUAUGACUUUGUGUCAUACAUAUUUAUAGUGUGAUUGCAAACAGUACAAAGGAAAAGCUCUAGAAAAAUGUGUGGGGAGCAUGACAAGAGUGCUUCUACAGUUUUUUAUCUCUAGGUGCAAGGCUGGCAGACUUGAAAAUUUGAGCUGCAGUAAUCUGCGGAAGUGUGAAAUUUAAUGGCACUUUUUUGAUUAUAUUUUUUCUCCCAUUCAAAUAACCAGGAGAAAUACAGCUAAGCUUUUCUGAUUGAACCUGUGUUGUUGUGUUGUACUCAUUUAUGUGUAGCAAUCCGAGCAUUGGCUGUUUUGUGCAAGCUGGCAGCCACUUUUUCUGUGCAAAUUUCUGCAGUGUGUUGCUGCUUGUGAUAGUGGUCUCCCACCUCUUUUGAACAUUUCCAUGCCUUUGUGAUAUUUUUUUCUAUACAUUCCUUUGUGUUGCCUGUUCUAUUAUGUGUGCCUUCGUUAUUUUUUUCCCCAUUUUGUGGCAUUAGCUGUUGUGAGGACAGUAAACAUGAGUUUCAGCAGGCUGUAUUGAUUGUGGUAUAAUUUGGCUGAAAAAGAGAACAGUGGUGGCUGUGUUUUUCAAGUACUGUGCCUUCAUGACGUCGGUGUACUAGUACUAAGUGCGCAUUGCUAGAGUGAAACUUUAGUGAAUUGCUGUGUAUUGCUUCUUCUUGGCGAAGCAUUAGACAGCUCAAGUAUGAUUUGGCCAUGGUGUUGCAUUGUAAUGCGCUCCUGACUGAUGGGAGCACUGGUUGCAUUUGAACUACAAAGGUGCAUACAAAAUGUACAACCUGUGAGUUGAUAGAUGUGCAAAGAUGUACGAGGCAUCAACUGGCGAUAUACUCCACAAUUAUCUGUUGUGCCUAUGUAGAAAGCGUUGUAUGGAGAUCUGUGUGUUGCUGUUUCUUGUGUUGAUUUCUGGUUUGGCAUGUUUUUUAAUUUCCAUAAGCUGUUUUAUGGCAAAUAAAUUUUUUUCUGGUAA